AUGAGGGGGGCCCAGUGGGGAAGGGUCCCCUGGGUGUUCCUGAGCUGCUUAUGUUCCUGCCUCCUUUGGCCGGCGGUCCCGGGAACAAUCACAACCUCACUGAGGAUAGGCAGCCAGAGAAGGACGACACCAUCACUAGUGUCAACAACCUCCCAGACCCGUACAACCUUGUCUCCUAGAACGUCCACAGGCACAAACUCAACCGCUGCUCCAGUCCCUAUCAAGCCCAUGAAAGGUGUUCCCCUCUUUCCCUAUGGGCCACAUGUCGGAGACCGUGAGUUCGUCAAGAGGACUGUGGACUUCACCUCGCCGCUCUUCAAGCCCCAGAUUGGCUUCCCUCUUGGCUCCUCUCUCAGGGACUACCUCUAUUUCACAGAUAAUGGCCAGAUCAUUUUCCCGGAGUCCGAGUACCAGAUUUUCUCCUACCCCAAUCCCCCUGCUAGAGGCUUCACGGGCUGGGACUCUGUGGCCCUGGUGGCUCCAUUCUGGGACGAUGCUGAUUUUUCCAGUGGCCAGGGAACCAUAUUUUACCAGGAAUAUGAGACGCUUUAUGAUGAACACAACCAGCUACUAUGGCAAGUGGAGUCUUGGAUUAAAAAGUUCAUGUACACCUGGAACUACAAAGCUAGGUGGACCCUAAAGGUCACGUGGGUCAAUGCCCCUGCCUAUCCCGCCCAGCGGACCUUCGGGACCAACACCUACCAGGUCAUCCUCUCCACAGAUGGGAGCAGGUCCUAUGCCCUGUUUCUUUACCAAAGUGGUGGUAUGCAGUGGGAUGUGACCCAGCGCCCAGGCAACCCGGUCCUCAUGGGCUUCUCCAGUGGAGAUGGGCAUUUUGAAAACAGCCCACUGACAUCCCAGCCAAUGUGGCAGAAGUAUCUACCAGAUCAAUUCCUGAAUUCCAACUCAGGCCUCCGGGGCCUGCAGGUCUAUAGCCUACACAGGGAAGAAAGGCCCAACUACCGUCUCCAGUGCCUGCAGUGGUUGAAGAGACAGCCUCCUUGGCCCACAUGGGGCUGGAACCAGAUCGCCUGCCCUUGCUCCUGGCAGCAGGGACUAUGGGACUUACGAUUCCAGCCCAUCAGUAUGGGCUGGUGGGGCCUCGGCAGCAAGCAGCUGUGCAGCUUCUCCUCCUGGCGCGGGGGCGUGUGUUGCAGCUACGGGCCCUGGGGCGAGCUUCUCCAAGGCUGGAGAGUGCAAGCUCCUUGGCAGUUUGACCAGGAACUAGAGCCACAGAGCUGGUGCUGCCACUGGAACGACAAGCCGUCCUUCUGUGCCCUGUACCAGCAAAGGCGGCCGCGCAUCGGCUGUGCCGGGUACCGGCCCCCACGGCCCGCCUGGAUGUUUGGGGACCCCCACAUCACCACCUUGGAUGGUGCCAAUUUCACCUUCAAUGGGCUGGGGGACUUCCAGCUCGUCCGGGCCUGGGACGGAAACUCCUCGUUCCUGCUGCAGGGUCGCACCGCCCAGACCGGCUCGGCCCAGGCCACAAACUUCAUUGCCUUUGCGGCUGAGUAUGACACCAGCCUCCUGAGCCCCAUCACAGUCCGAUGGCUCCUUAAGCCCAAUGACACAAUCCAUGUGCAGGUCAAUAACCAGACUGUGACAUUUGAGACUAACCGUGAAGACCCAGAAGGCCUGGAGAUAUUCAACACCACCGGCAUCAUCAUGACCCGCAAUGGCUCCCUGGUGUCAGCCACCUUCGAUGGGACCGUGACCAUCUCAGUGACCGCCCUCGCGAACAUCCUCCACACCUCCUGCAGCCUCCCAGAGGAGUAUCGAAACCGCACAGAAGGCCUCCUGGGAGUCUGGAAUGACAAUCCAGAUGACGACUUCAGGAUGCCCAAUGGCUCCACCAUUCCCAGCAAUAGCACUGAGGAAUCGCUUUUUCAAUAUGGAAUGACCUGGGAAAUCAAUGAUACAAGACUCCUUGGCAAGAGAGAUGACCAUCUGCCUUCCAACUUCACCCCUAUCCUCCUUUCCCAACUGCGAAACAAAACCUGGGAUGAAAACCUGGUCGCCAAGUGUGACGGAGACAAACAGUGCAUCUAUGACAGCCUGGCCACACGAAACACAGACAUCGGCCUGAGCACUAAAAUGUUCUUCAGAAGACACCAGCAGAUGAACGCCACCCUCAAUAAGUACCCACCCUCCAUCGAGGGUCAGCGUGUGGUGGAAGCCUACGUGGGGCAGACCACGCGGAUUCAGUACACCAGCCACUCUGAGAAGGUCACAUUCACUCUGAGGAACAACAGCACUGACUUCAGGCUCUUUGAGAACGGGACAUUGCUAUGGACACCAAAGUCAUUGGAACCAUUCGCUCUGGAGAUUCUAGCAAGAAAUGUCGAAGACAACCUGUCAUCUGUACUCCAGCCAAAGACAGUGGUCUGUGCUUGCAGGGAAGAGAGCCAGUGUUUAUACAAUCAGACCAGCUGGGUGGACAACUCCACCCUGGAGGUGGCUGGUUGCAAGUGUGACAGGAACACCUUUGGCCACUACUGUAAACACUCCAAAGACCUCUGUGAGGAGCCGUGCUUCGGGAGUGUGCAGUGCAUUCCUGGGAAGGGCUGCGAGGCCUGCCCCCCAAACCUGACUGGAGAUGGGCGUCACUGUUCAGCUCUGGAGACCUCUCCCCUCUGUCAGAACCAGUCCUGCCCUGUGAACUACUGCUACAACCAGGGCCACUGCUCCAUCUCCCAGGCUCUGGGCUGCCAGCCGGCCUGCACCUGCCCCCCGGCCUUCACCGACACCCGCUGCAUCGUGGCCGGGAACGACUUCACUCCAACCCUCCGUCAAGAGCUUCCCUUAAGAGUCAUCCAGCUCUGGCUCAGUGAAGAAGAAAAUGCCUCUGCGGCAGAUGUCGAUGCCUCGGUGGCCUACAGACUGCGGAACCUGAAUGUGCGGGCCUUUCUCCGGAACCGCCUAGUGGCACCAAGCGAAUCCGGGACAGCGCUGGCCUCCGGAAGCUUACUUAGACGCUGGAAGGUCAUCUCGGAGUUCCGGUACCUCCCUUGGGGUCCUGUCAUCGACUUCCUGAACACCCAGCUGCUAGAUGCAGUGCUGGAAGCAUUCUUACCCCAGGCCUCGUGGAGGCGGUGGAGCAGAAGUGAGGGGCCCAGGACCAACGUGAACUUCCACCCCAUCUCCAGGGAGGACGUGGACAGUUUGUUAGCUCUGAACGUGAGCACGCUGAAGAACUACUUCAUUUGCAACAGCUACAAGGACUACCAUCUGGUCUACAGCCCCCAGAGCGGCCUCACGUGUGUGUCCCCGUGCAGCGAGGGCUACUGUGAGCACGGAGGCCAAUGCCAGCACUGGCCCCAAGGCCCCCGCUGCAUCUGUGUGCCCUUCUCCAUCUACACGCCCUGGGGUGAGCACUGUGAGCACCUGGGCAUGAACCUGGGUGCCUUCUUCGGAAUCCUCUUUGGAGCCCUGGGCUUCCUCCUGCUGCUGGGGGCCGUGGUGUUUGUGGUCCUGCGCUUUUGGUGCUACCGUAAGAACCACUGGUCCUACCCCCUGGACUCAGAAAGCUGAGGCCCAGCCCCAGAGGGGCAGCCCCGUGGCCUAGGAUACCUCAGGACCUACCCCAACCUUACCCACACACCUGCCGGCGGCGCUGUUCCUUUGAGGAGGCUGGAAAAACGAAGGUGCUUGAAGGAGACUCAGGAUUCUUCAAGGGAAUGAAUAAUAAUAAAGAUAAGACCACACCUUGUCAGUAGAAACAGACAGACAGGAAGGGGCCAUAAAGACUUAAAGGAUGGGCUCUCUCACAAAUGUACCCAAGCCAAAGCCUGGCCUUCUGAGGAGGAUGGUAGAGCCCUCCCCCCCCCGCCCCCCACCCAUGGAGUAGGCCAGACUCACCCAGGAACCCUCACUGCUUUGCUGGUCUCUGUCCAGCAGUUCCAAGAGGAUAAAUACGCAGUGCCUUUACCUAUCUGG